AUGAAUGUCGCCAGACACCUUCUGGUGUGGAAAGACGUGAGAAAACGCCAUCACGCUUCGCAGAAACGCCACGCCACGUCACGCAGGCAGCGCGGCAGGAGCCCCUCAUGGAAACAGACAACGAAGCUUACAUCGGCGGUGGAGGAAGUAUCUUCCAGGCUGACAAGGGAUGCUGGGAUAGCCCUGCUGUCAAUUACACACAGACCCUCCCUGUGGAAGUACCACUCUCACCUGCUUCAGUUUGACGAGGAAGGAGGAUGGAGGUUCGAACCUCUGGAUGCCUCCACUUUCGUCUUUCUCAGCAGGAGGAGAAACAACGUCUGGAGAAUCAGCUGUCCGGGAUUCCCAAGAUGCAACAGAGGCUGGCAGAGCUGCGCGUCCUGCUGGGGGAGGGAGGGGGGGAGGGAGAGGGGGAGGGAGAGGAGAGAACCACAGAUGAAGAGGAGUCUCUCUCCUGAGUUUUAACUCCGAGUCGAUGGAAGAAGAAAAUCUGCUGUUUUACUAGUUACCAUGG